UUCAGAUAUUGUUAGAUAUUGUUAGGUCAUAUGUUGGCUUAGAAGCAAUUGGUUGUAGCGCAGUGUUUGUGAAGGAGGACCCGCAAGUGACUACACUUCACCUACAACUGCAAGAUAAGCUGUGUUGAAUGAUGCGUUAGGUGCAUGAAUAUCAGAAACCUUACUUGCAAAGACAAUUGCCCUCUUGACCACCAGUUUUUCCAGGAUCUGCAGGUUUGCCGGUGGUGACUGCUUGUGUUUUGUGAGAAGGCGCUCCUGCAAGGGAAUCUUUGACAAUGAACCCGAGCAAAUCCUUAGAGAGAAUCCGCUGCUACUAACAAGUGCCUUACUAGUAGUAACAAGGACGCUACUAGGGGCUCCUGGCAUCACUACUAGGAGCAAGGACGCUACUAGGAACAAGUGCAUCGCUACGGUCUGACCGAUCCCCCACUGCUUCUUUCUUUGUUGCGCUCAUCACUGUCAGGUCUUGGCAGACGGCUGCUUGUAGUUUAGUAAACUGCGACAUCCAAGUUUAGAUUUCUGCUCACGUAGCUAGCGCAUCCAUGAGCUUGCUUGAAAAUUGCCCUGAAGGCACUGUGCCCUCAAGGUGUCAUUCUUUUGCAAGGCAACCAUGAAUCGCCAGAACUUUGGUGGCACUAUUGGUUUCAAAGAGGAGGUGCUAUGUCGCUGUGGCACCUGGGAGGCUCAUGGCCAUGCAUGGGGGCAUCAGCCCGGAGUUCGUGAACGCAUGCACGGGAAAAGCUGGACGGUUUGGUGGCUGCCUUGACCGAAAGGUUGGGUCCACUACAGUUUGGGCGGAUCCACACACCGGCAAUGGCUUCAUUGAGUCCGAGAGGGGCAGUGAAUAUCACCAGUUUGGUAUGGACAAGGCGAAGGCACCCCUGCAAUCCAAUGAACUGAAAGGCAUUUUCCCUGGUCAUGAGCAAGUGGAGGAUGGCUCCAGAGUCCAGAGUUCUGAUGAUGGGUAUUUUGUGAUGACAGUCUUCUCGGCUGCGGACUACAUAGGUGUUUUUUGCCGAGGGCUCUGGUCUGGCCCUCCAUGGCUCUAUUCAACGCGUGGUCAAGGCAACAAGGGUGCCUUUGUGUUGGCCACCUCCACGGACGGCAGUGCAGUGAGUGAGGAGAUGUCCGGACGUGAGACACGUGCAUUAGCCGCGAACUUCACAGGGGCAAUCAUACCACCGGAGUCUCUUGGAAAGUGGAUCACGGACCCUUGAAAGCUUCAUGCAGUAGAAUCGCAAGCGUUUGCAUCAUGGCAACACCUCGUGCACCUUGAGCCAGAGGGAGACAGACUCCUUCAAGGAAAGGGUGCGCAAGGUCCUGAGCACUGCAGUGAACCAAGAGUUUGAGGCCCGAAAAUUCAUUGAUUUGCAAGGAGAGGCUUUGAUCCAUGGUGAGAACGUUGAGAUUUGCAAGAGCAUGAAGAAAGACCACAUCACGCAGCAGGUUUACAAUGAGCUUCGUGGCACUGACGAAGAGACUUUGGAGAAUGACAUGAAGACCCGUGAGGUUGAACUAGAGAAUGCUGAUGUGGAAUGAUGUUCAUGUGUAGUUUGCCUAGCUGGUGUCCUGUGUGUAGCUAGGGGCGAUGGAGGCAUCGGCGAACAACAACAGGAGCGUUGUGCAACGUGGAGUAGCUGUUCUUGUCUUCCCAGGUUUCUCUCCCUAGUUCCCGCGACUUGCCCGUGACCACACUGAACCCAGCGGUCAGUUAUGUAUGAAUGACAGAAUUUGCAGGAUUCGUGAUGGAGAGCUUUGCUCCUCGAACGGCUGGGGAAGGACCCAGCUGGCGGAUGGAACAUGGGCUGGAUUGGGGGAUAGCCAGCGAAAGAGCACAAGUGAGCACAUAUUCCAGCGCCCGGCACAGUCUGGCAUAUUGAAUCGAAUCUUGGCGCAGGAGAUCCCGCUCUCGUUGUGUAGCCUCAGCCCAUUUCCUUCCUGGAGAGUUGGAAAUGAGACUGCAAAGACCAUGGCUGCAAGGUGUCAGGUGGAUCUGAGCUUCUGACGAGACACAGAUUGCGUUUGGGAUGUCCCAAUGUCAACCAUAGAGGAUGAUCCGGAUCAUUCCCCCUAUGGGAUAGACACCGCUUCGCACUACAUUGCUGAACCAAUAAGCCACAUCAAGCUACUAGCUAGCUUGUUUGACCAUGUUUUGCCUGGUCUAUGAUGACUGAAGAGGCGCUUGUAGUGUUAAAACUUCAAUUAACAAAGCAGUUAAACAUGCAAGUUUAAACAUGAAUUGAAAAGUGUUGAGGUGAAACGAAGAGAAGGACUUCAGAAUUCCUCAGUUCUGCUGGUCUUGAUUUAUGCGACGGCAUGAAGACCGAAUGAAGACCAGUGACCAGUGACCGGGAGUCAUGAAUCGAUAAAGCUCAGCG